UGUUUCAUUUUCAUCUUUGUACCAGGCAGUGCAAUGUCCACAACAGAGCAACAAUCAACAGAGGCCUCUCCGUCUUCUAAUUCAAAUUCAUCCAGUUACUACGAAGCCCUAGAAACAGAAGCAGCUAAUAAAUAUGAACCAGUUUCUCCCCACUGGUUUUACUGCAGGAUAGUAGAUUCCAGAGAGAAAUGGAUUCCCUUCAGUGGACAAGAUUCCGAGAAGUUGGAAAAGGCUUAUCAGUCCAGCAGGCACUGCAAGGAGCUGGUUGUGCCAACAGAAGGGGGCCGGUAUGAUGUCCAUUUAAAGAAGAGGGUGCGCUAUGCUGUUUACUGGGAAGAAGCCGAGUCUGAAGUAAGACGCUGCACUUGGUUUUAUAAGGGCGACAAAGACAACAGAUACAUUCCAUAUCCUGAAAGCUUCAGUGAACAGUUAGAGGACACCUAUAUGAUCUGUGUGACCUUAGAUGAGUGGAAAAAGAAAUUGGAAUCUCCAAAUAGAGAAGUAAUCAUAUUACAUAACCCAAAGUUAAUGGUACAUUACCAGCCAGCAACUAUCACUGACGAUUGGGGUGUGAGUCCUACAGAACAAGGCCGGCCAAGGACUGUGAAGAGAGGAGUGGAGAACAUAUCUGUUGAAAUUCCUCGUGGGGAACCUUUGCAAAUCGAUCAUUUAGUUUUCGUUGUUCAUGGAAUUGGACCAGCUUGUGAUAUUCGAUUCCGGAGUAUCGUUCAAUGUGUCAAUGACUUCCGCAAUGUUUCCUUGAACAUGCUGUCAGCACAUUUCAAGAAAGCUCAGGAACAGCAACAGAUUGGCCGAGUUGAAUUUAUCCCGGUGAACUGGCACAGUACUUUACAUACAGGAGUAGAUGUAGAUUUGGAGAGAAUCACCUUGCCGAGCAUCAACCGCUUACGUCACUUCAUCAAUGAUACCAUCCUGGAUGUUUUUUUCUACAACAGCUCUACCUACUGUCAAACCAUUGUGGAUACAGUUGCAUCAGAAAUGAACCGGCUCUACCUGCUUUUUUUGGAGAGGAAUCCUGACUUCAAAGGGGGUGUCUCAAUAGCUGGCCAUAGCUUAGGGUCACUUAUACUAUUUGAUCUUCUUACAAAUCAGAAAUGUACACCUGAUGAGCAAGAAAACAAUGAGGGAUUGCAAAGACUGGCGAUGGAUCAGGAAGUCAACAAAUCUGUGAAGGAUAUCUUAGCAGAACUUGAGCUUUCUGAAUAUUAUGCUGUUUUUGAGAAGGAAAAAAUGGACAAUCAAACAUUGAACUGUGUUUCUGAGUGUGGGAUUCUUACUGUGCAGGCCUUGUGCACGGACAAGGAGCUUAAAGAUAUGGGGAUUCCCUUGGGACCCAGAAUCAAGAUCCUGCACUAUUUAAGGAACAGAAGCAACUGCCAGGCUUUGAAAGAGACCUCUGGCGCUUCUGAGGAAGGUGGAGAUACCAAACAGGAAACAUCUGCGAAGCCCAUAUGUGCAGAAACCAGUUGUAAACAUCUGGAUGUUGUGACAGGGCAGGUCUCUGCAAACUACCCUCAACUUAUCUACAAUCCACAGAUUUUCUUUGCUUUUGGCUCACCCAUUGGGAUGUUUCUCACUGUACGAGGCGUGAAUAGGAUUGAUCCAACCUACACCCUGCCUACCUGCAAAGGCUUCUUCAAUAUCUUUCAUCCCUUUGACCCAGUAGCAUACAGGAUUGAGCCCAUGAUUGUUCCUGAUGUGGAAUUUGAGCCCAUGCUACUUCCUCACCACAAGGGCCGGAAGAGGAUGCACUUAGAAUUGAAGGAAGGCCUCACUCGGAUGAGCAUGGACCUGAAAAAUAACUUGUUGGGCUCCUUGAGGACUGCUUGGCAGUCAUUCACCAGAACUUCAUUGCCAGCUGUGGAGGCAGGAGCCACUGGAGAUGUGGAGCAGGAAUCGGAAGCUGAAGCCAGUAUGGAGAAGCAGGAUGAGGAGAAACCAGAGGAACCAGCCUCAUCAGUGAGAGAGGAGCCGCCUCCAGUUAAUGUCGGCCUGCUGAAUGGAGGCCAUCGCAUUGACUACGUGCUUCAGGAGAAACCCAUUGAAAGCUUUAAUGAGUAUUUAUUUGCACUGCAAGGCCAUUUAUGCUACUGGGAGUCAGAGGACACAGUAUUAUUGCUGCUGAAAGAGAUUUAUCAAACAAAGGGUAUCAGCAUGGAUCAGCCCCUUUUGUAAAGUCAAACUGACCAGCUGCACAGCUCUGGAUACCAAAUAUGUUUUACUCAUGGUGGAUGCUCAUCAGGACUCCUGCGUCACCUUCCUCUUCUUUUGCUGAUGUACCCAGCAUGCUUCAUCCUCACAGCCUGGAACUCUGGAAGAUUCAGUAUCCUAGUCUUCUUUCACAGGGAUGGUAGUGAGCAUUGAGAUCCUGUCUGAUUCCUGGUAUAUUCAGGCUUUUGUUAAUUAACUGAUCUGCAUUUUCUGUCUACAGUCAGUGUGUCUUUAGGUCAGGUUGCAAUACCAGCUGUGUCAAGUCCAGAUUAUGCACUUGUCAAGACUUGGAAUUGGUGCUAGAACUUCACAUCUCCUCUCCAUUUGAAAAACCUCAAGAUGGGUGAAGGACAAAGUUGUGAAGGGUUUGGACUUUUGGAAGCUCUUCUUCUGAGGUCACAUUGAGUGUUCAGCAUUACAUGUUAGGUUGUUUGUGAGAGUUCAUUUUUGUUUUGUACAAAACUUAUUGCUGCUGCUGCUUCAACCAAGAGAGGGGCUGAAGACCAGAGCUAAAAGCUGGCCAAGCCAAGUCCACUGUUCUUUGAAAUAAGCAUGAUGAUGAUGAUGCCAGCAAUAGCUGUCUACUGUUCUACUUUUCUAAAGCAGGGAAGUAUUUGGUUACUUACCUGGGAAGGAACUGGCAAAGGUUUGAUUCCUGUCCCUGGUUACUAUCUACUAGUUGCUUAGUUUAGUUGUUCUUCAAGCAGCUUUAGAAGAAAUGUGAGUUCUGUUGUUAUCACUCCUGAGUUAAGAGGUGUUCCUGGUGUGGUGCAACUUAUAGCCAUGAAAAAUGGGGCAAGCUUAGCUGGGAAGCUCCCAGUUGAGCUUUUGCAGCUAUUUAAGAACAGAAUGCCCUCUUUCAAAAAGAGAAUGUGUAUUUCACGGAAUCAUUGGUAGUUUUCAAGAACACAGACUGUCAGGAGACCAUUUUAGUGGUUGAACCUCCUCUCACUUGAUGCUAAUUCCGAUUUGUUUGGGGAAAAGAUACCUGGAUCAAGAGGAACAGUAGAUUCCUAAUAUAAUGUAAACACUGUUGUAGAAGCUGUGUUUACGUUCUGACUUGGGAGGUACCAAACUUCAUACAAGCAGCAGCUUGAUAUGCUGUUGUUGCAAUGCAUGCAAUUGGGUCUCUGAAAGCAUCUGAAGAAUGAGGUCCCAUCCUAGACACCUCUGCCCACAUAGUAGUUGGACAGCAGACUCUCUCUUAAAGCACCAGAUGAGAGCAGCUCUAUACCAGCGUUUUUACUUCAGAGCUCAGGGUGGUUGGCUGGCCAUUUGGACGGUCGGUUCACCUUGCUGGUUUAGUGUGCCAGAGCGUCAAUUGAAUGCAUGGCUCAACAUAAUCUUGGCUGGCUAGUUUGGCUGAUGGAACACACCUGUGGUUUCAUGGUGUAUGUAAGUUGGGCCUUGCAACUGUUGCAUGACUUGUUUUGUCACACAGUGGUCAGCUGCUUUUCACGUAUCACAGAUGCUACAAAACAGUGCACCAUCUCCACAGCUUUCCUCCUCUUUUUGGGAGCAGCAAGCAGGACAUGUUUACAAGUGAGAUGUGAUCACACUACGUUCUCUCCACCUUGUGUGUUCCAAUUCUGUGCCAGAUUUCAACUUAGUUGUUUCUCCCCAUUAUGUUUGCACUGAUUGUCAUUGUAUAAUUGAAUUUUUCAGCCUCUCAUGCUACACUUGUGACUGAACAGAAUGCCGUUUGGCAUGACCAAAUUCUCGAUUGGAGUAUCAGUAGGAAAAGUCAAGCUUUGUUCAAAUUCCAAACAAUUGAAGUUAAUGCACUUUGUAAAAUAUUGCCUAUUUUAAAAAAAAAAAAGUUAUUUAACUUUUUUCCAGGA